AAAUAAAUAAAUCCUCGUGAUUUACACACACAAAAAUGUUAUACAUCUCAAUAUUCUGAGGGAGAGAGUUACACUAAUUUAGGCAAACCCCACAACAAAUCGUUGAACAAGUUUUGUUUUAUUUUAGGCAAAAGUCCUUUGACCUCUUCUCUCAUUGACCAAAUCAUUCUCCCUUUCCCAGGUAAGGCCAAGUUUUCACUUUCAAGAAUUCAAAUCUGACUCAAGAUUCUGAGAUAAUGAGUUUCAAUGUUCUUCUUCAGGAUCAUCAUUAUCAUUCACCAUCACCACUACUCUAAAACAUGGAUUCAAAUCUUAUUUAUGAUCACCAAAACGUCCUACUCGGGUUGGGGCCUGUCCUAACAUACGCAGCCUGCGAAUGGUUCCUCAUAUUCCUCAUGCUCAUAGACGCUCUCCUCUCCUAUCUCCUCGUCUGGUUCGCACGCUACUGCAGACUGCCUCUCCCAUGUUUCCUCUGUUCCAAGCUCCUUUAUUCUCCUCUGCAUUGGAGACUCCUCCUCUGCAGGAACCACAGAUCAGAGGUUUCUUCUUACAUGACGUGUCUGAAUCACGACAGCAACCUCGCGGACUGUCGAGGAAUGUGCGAUGACUGUCUCCUGUCUUUCACCAAAACGACCGGUCCGGAUCCAGACGUGAACAGGUUGCUUCUAGGGAAGCUAGGGUACGAUCUGCUCUCCACAAGCCACUUUGCUCAUCCUCCUAGAUCGUGUUCUUGUUGUAACAAACCGUGGAGGACAAGGCAACAUACGCAGAGACUGGUUAGGUUAGGCUCUGGUGGAGCUAAACCUAACAUUCCUGCUCCAAGGCAUCAUCAUCUUACACGAAGAGGAAGCGCUGGGAGUUUGAAGAAGAUGAGAAACCACCAUAAGGCUGCGGCUACGGCGGUGACGAGUGGUGGUGAGUAUGUAGACGCUGGAAGCCGCAGCGAAGGUAUGGCUCAUGUGGGGUACGCAGAGCUGAAGAUUCACUCGGAGUCUGAAUCAGACUUCUUGUUUACAGAUGAUGAUGCCUUCUUCCAGACCAUAGACUUCAGUGGUGAGACAUCUGAGAGACGUGUUCAAAGGUCUCGGUCUCGGGAAUCGUUUGAUGACAAGAAGAUAUUGAAGCGUAAGCAGCCUUACUUGCAAGACAAGAAAGAUAAGAACAUUCGUGUCAAAGAUCAUAAACCACGUGAGCGUAAGCUUGUAGAUAAGAAGACUAAGAAGCAACAACAAGAACAACCUAUUGACGCAGGGGAGGAGGAUGCAUCUGUACUCUCGGAGCUUGUUACUAUGAGUGAAGCUCGUCCAUUCUCAUUGGACUUACCUCAAGAGGAAAGUUCAGGAAGAGCAGAGAAUGAAGCUGAGAUAAAUGGCAGCUCAUCUCCUUCUGGUGGGGAAUUCUUGAGCCCUUCUGGAGACAAUAGUACCACCUCUCGUGAAGUCCAGAGUCAAGCAGACUUUGAUCAAAACAUAUCCCAUUCAGCUGUACAGACAGAAGCAUCUGAGGAAGCUGUGCCUGGUUCUGUUGCAGCUGAACCUUCUAGUGAUGAUGAGAAUAGAGAUGAAGGGGACUUGAAGCCUCUGACGACCAAUGAUAUGCCAGUUUCUCUGGCGGAUGAACCUUCUAAUGAUGUUGAAGGAGAUCUCAAGCAUUUGACCACCAGUGAUGAAGGGCCAAGUGAGGUUAAUGAAAACAAUGUUGCAGAAGAAUAUUUCAGUAAUGAAGAAGAGGAAGAAGCUGAGGUCAAUGCACCUUCUGAGCCGUCAACAUCAAAAGAAGUAUCUGGUUCAUUUGCUGUAGAACAAUCCAACGAGGAAGAAGAAGAUGGAGGUAGUAAAGGCUAUGCAGUUGCGCAAUCAUCUCAUUCCAGUCAUGAAGAAGAAGAGGAUGUGGAUAAUGUAGACUCCAAACCUUUGACAUCAAUCAAUGUGACUGGUUCUGCCUCAGAAGAACAAUCAAGUAACAAAGAGCAAGGAGAGACCGAGCCUUUGCCAUCACCAAAGAUCUCCAACGAAAAUUCCUCAUUAGAACACAGCGAUGAUAAAAAUUCCUCCAAGGAACUAAAGCAUUCUGCUUCUGUGGAAUCAUUUGUAAGCAUUAGCAGUGACAUUGAAGGCGAAAAUCUAGUUGAUCUGUUAAAGCAACAGCUAGAGCACGAGAGGAAAAGCCUAAAAGAUGUGAGUAGAGAGUUAGAGGAAGAAAGAAACGCCUCAGCUAUAGCUGCAAAUCAAGCAAUGGCGAUGAUCACACGGUUGCAGGAGGAGAAAGCAGCUCUCCACAUGGAAGCUUUGCAGUACCUGAGAAUGAUGGAUGAGCAAGCCGAGCACGACGUUGAUGCACUUGAGAGAGCAAACGAUGUCUUGGCUGAUAGGGAAAAGGAAAUACAAGAUCUCGAGAUGGAGUUAGAGUACUACAGAGUUAGGUAUCCAGAUGAGCCAAGAGAAGAAAUCCUCGCUAGCAUGGGAGUUCUGGAGAGUAUUGAAACGAGUGGAAACUCAACAACUGAUGAGACCAGUGGGAAUGUUCCAACAGACAUUUGA